GCAUGUCUGUGUGCACGUGUGCACGGUGCGCUGCACCCCGACGUGUGUGGGUCGUUGGGGGAAGGCUUUUACUCCAGUCCUAGCUGCUCGGGCUCCUCGCGGCCCUUCGGGAGCCCCUGCGCACUUCACUUCGCAGUGCUGAGUCCCGAGAGCAGCAGGGGCUUCCGAUCCUCGUGGGAACGUGCAAGGCGACUCGACCAGCAGUGACGCGGCCGCAGACUAGAUUCCGCCAAGUGCACCGAGGAAAGUUUCGGCCCGCGCGUCGCUCCCGCGGGGAGGGGGCCGGGCGGGGGUGGGCGGGGGUCCGGACGCCGCCCUGGAGGAAGGCGCCCGCGGCGCGCGGCGGACGCGGCCCCGGCUGCGGUCACGCGCGGCCCCGGCGCGCUGCCCACCUGCGCGGAGCCGAAGGCCGGCUGCUGGGUCGGGCGGCCGCGCCCACAGGCCCGGGGGACGCAGUGCAGCGGGCAGCGCCGCAGCGCGGGCUCGGCGGCGUCCACUCGGCCGGCGCUGGGCUCGGGGCCCGCCCGCCGCUCCCGCCCCCCGCCCGCCCGGCCCCGGCCCCGGGAGGUGGAGCCGCACGGGGAAAGUUCCGCGGCCGCCGCGGGCAGCGCCGGAGGGAGGCUCCCGAGUGAUGAUCAGAAGACCUGGGGACUACGCCCAGUGAAUCUUGGCCAGUUGGGUGAGUGACACAAGAUUCCUUUACAUUUCAAGGAGAGAAGCAGUGGUGAUUUUUACCCAAUGGAAGAAUGAUGUAGCACCUUCCCGAUACUUUUCUCAUACUUUCAGAAAAAAUAUUCUCAAUGUGACCCUAAUUAACCCAAUUCUACUGCUACUCCACUGGAUUUUCCCAGCUCCUCCCAGGAGACUAACAUCCACUCUGGGAAACACUGGUCUACUCUUGCUCUCUGCUGCACAUCUGGAAGGCUGUGAUGGGAAGGAUUGGAAAACUUGGAGGUUUCAUCUAUCAUUCCUUAGAAACAGAGAACCUCUCACCGUAGUGCUUGAUUUCAAGGCAUACGACUUGUAGGGGGCAAAAAUGGAUGCAAGGAGCUUUGAGAUCUGCCAACACCUGUUUCCGGUGGUCUAGUUCAGGGACACCUCGUGAGGGGCCCAGACCUUCUGGUAUGUCACCAGUUCUGGACACAUGACUGAUUACUGAGUGAUGAUGGUCCGCCGGGGGCUGCUUUCGUGGGUCUCGCGGGUAGGGGUAUUGUUGGUGCUCCUCUGCUGCGCCAUCUCUGUGCUCUACAUGUUGGCGUGCACGCCGAAAGGUGAUGAGGAACAGCUGGGGCUACCCCGGGCCAGUGGGCCCACAGGGAAGGAGGGGUACCAGGCUGUCCUGCAGGAGUGGGAGGAACAGCAGCGCAACUACAUCAGUAGCCUCAAGAAGCAGAUCUCUCAGCUCAAGGAAGAAUUGCAAGAGAGGAGUGCGCAGCUCAAGAACACACCACAUGUCGCCAGGGAACCUGGGGGCCUGGACCCAGGGCCUGCUGAGAAAAGCCAGGCGGACCUGCUGGCCUUCCUGCACUCGCAGGUGGACCGAGCUGAGGUGCACACUGGCGUCAAACUGGCCACUGAGUAUGCAGCUGUGCCUUUUGACAGUUUCACCCUGCAGAAGGUUUACCAGCUGGAGACCGGCCUGACCCGCCAUCCAGAGGAGAAACCUGUGCGGAAGGACAAGCGGGAAGAGUUGGUAGAAGCAAUUGAGUCAGCCCUGGAGAGCUUGAACAGCCCGGCGGAGAGCAGCCAGAAGCAACGAACUUACACGGCCUCGGACUUCGUAGAAGGGAUCUACCGAACAGAAAAGGAUAAAGGCACUUUGUAUGAACUCACUUUCAGAGGAGAUAACAAGCAUGAAUUCAGACGACUUGUUUUGUUUCGGCCUUUUGGCCCUAUCAUGAAAGUUAAAAAAGAGAGACUUAACAUGUCCAGGACUCUAAUCAAUGUCAUUGUGCCGCUGGCAAAGAGAGUGGACAAGUUUCGGCAGUUCAUGCAGAACUUCAGGGAAAUAUGCAUACAGCAAGAUGGGAGAAUCCACCUCACAGUUGUUUACUUUGGGAAAGAAGAAAUGAAUGAGGUCAAAGGAAUACUUGAAAACACUUCCAAAGCUGCCAACUUCAGGAACUUUACCUUCAUCCAACUGAAUGGAGAAUUUUCUCGGGGAAAGGGACUUGAUGUUGGAGCCCGCUUCUGGAAGGGGAGCAAUGUUCUCCUCUUUUUCUGUGACGUGGACAUCUACUUCACUUCUGAAUUCCUCAAUACUUGUAGGCUGAACACACAGCCAGGGAAGAAGGUAUUUUAUCCUGUCCUUUUCAGUCAGUACAACCCAGCUAUAAUAUAUGGCCAUCACGAUGCAGUCCCUCCCUUAGAACAGCAGCUGGUCAUAAAGAAGGAGACUGGGUUCUGGAGAGAUUUUGGAUUUGGGAUGACGUGUCAGUACCGCUCAGACUUCAUCAAUAUAGGUGGCUUUGACUUGGACAUCAAAGGCUGGGGUGGAGAGGAUGUGCAUCUCUAUCGUAAGUACCUCCACAGCAACCUCGUUGUGGUGCGGACCCCUGUGAGGGGACUCUUCCACCUGUGGCAUGAGAAGCGCUGCGUGGAUGAGCUAACUCCAGAACAGUACAAGAUGUGCAUGCAGUCCAAGGCAAUGAAUGAGGCAUCUCACGGACAGCUGGGCAUGCUGGUCUUCCGGCACGAGAUAGAGGCCCACCUUCGCAAACAGAAGCAGAAGACAGGCAGCAGAAAAACAUGAAUUCCCAAGGAAUAGACUUGGGGAGACAUUUUGGGUUUUUUUUUUCCCUUAAUAAUUACAUCAGUGGCUGAAACAAGAAAAAUAUCUCCAUAAAGGGCAAUAAUGUAUAUGAUUGAUGAGAGAAGGGAGGAAAAGAGAGAGCCAACCAUUUUGGGUUGCCUAUUUGGCUUUAUGCAGCAGGAAUGAAAAUUUCUCACUGUACUGGCAAGCACCAUGACCCAAAAUGCACCUUGUGUGGCAUGUAACAAAGGAAGAAUGGUUGUGACAUUAUAAGCCUAAUGGUGUGGAGGUCUUGGUGGUAUUUACAGCAGUAAGAGCUAUUGUUUUCUAUGCUUAUUGAAAUAUUCAUGAAUUAAGACCAGUCUGAAGACAGGCACAUUUCUCUCCGGAAGAGUGAUUUACAUCCAUAGAACUAUAGUGUCUAGUAGUGCUACAGAAGGACACGAAAAUAUGAGCAUACACACAUCACCAUGCUUUAGAGUAUAUUAAGCCAAAUUCAAAUGGACUUAAAAGGGAAAAAAAACCUUAACUAUUGUGUCAUUUUCUUCCAAAACUAACCAAAAACAAUCUGUUCACCUUUUUGAUUAUAAGUUUAAUCAUCUUUGUUAAUUGAUUUCAAAAUGCAUCUUUCUUUUUUUUUACUUUUGAUUUAUAUUCUGCUUAUUUAUCAAUUUUCCAAUCUUGCAAAGAAAGCACAAAUUAGCAAACCAUUUAGUAUUUUUGAGAAGGCAAUUUUGGAUGCAAUAUGAGAACUUCCCGUUCAAAGCACUGGAUCAAUCCCUCAUUACAGAGUAUGCUGAAUGCAAGGGCAUUCUCAGAUACUGCUUGUUUGCCCCUUAACUGCCUUGAAGACACAUUUGUAGGGCUUCUGGAAGAAAGAAAUAAGGACACUUCAUCUGGAGAGGAUUUCUGAGGAGCAGCAACUGCAUACAGCAGGGCAGGAAAUACACUUUUUACCUUAACAGAAAAGGAAACACUCAGAUUGGUGAUAAUUUGAUUCAUUCAAAAGGUAGAAAACAUAUUUUAUCCUCAGGAGAAGGGGAGAAGACCCCUUUCUCACCUGUAGAAAUAAACCAAAGUAUAUUGCAAUGUGUAAACCAAACCUCCUUUCAAAGUAGGGUGUUCUUCCUGGCUCUGGCAUUCAUGAAAAGAACUGCAGAAACUUGUAUUUUAUGAAGGAUCAGUCCAGCUGCCAGAGUCCUGUGGGACAAAAGAGCUUGCUCCCAUGUCCAGUCACUUCUAUUUAAGGGGGAAUCGACUUAAUUAUUUUUCUAGUUAAGCAGCUUACUGAGUCACCACGAUGAUUUUGGAAAUCACAUUUUAUCACAGUUCCAAGAUAUUUAGAAAAAUAUAGUUACCACUAAGUGGUUCCUAUAUUCAUGUGAAAAUUAUUAGCAAGCAUCAGAUGCAUGAGCUAAUUAUUUCUGAUUUCUUACCUUCUGUUUGCCCGUACUCAACUCAUUGUUUAAAAGCUUCAAGAACAUUCAAGCUGUUGAGUUUUCAUUUUUAAAGCAUUGUAUUAAUUUUUCAAGUUAUUUAUAUAGUUUAAUUCAAAUACAGGACAUGAAUGUAAGGUGACAUUGGCCAAACAAUAAAAUAUGAUUUGUGGAUAUAAAUUCUUCUUGUAGUAAAAGUUUCUUGUCUUCAGUGUUUGGAAAAUAGUAAUUUGUUAAAACUAGGGAUUCAUAAACAUGGCAUCACUGAUGUUUGAGGUGAAAUCAUCUGUUGCCAUGAGGCUGCCUUUCAAUGCACUGUUCAUACU